UGGCUUCGAGUCAGUACAAUCAGCUGACUCUCUGCUGGAGCGCGCAGACACACAUUUUUCAGAGAACGAUUUGUGACUGAAAGAGAAAUAAUAUUACUGAAGAAUUGUGUUGUGUGUUCUCUUGGAUACCAUCGGAGAUAUCUCAGUGAUUUUGCAGACGUUUUUAACCUUUAUUUGUAUAAAGAGACAGCAGCCAAAUUUCACCUGUCAUACUCUGUUCGUAAUCAAGUGACCUGGUUUUAUAAAGUGCGCCCUACUAUUUACACCGAGGGAAACAUUAACAUUUCGACUUGGCAUUCUUCCAGAGACAAGACCUACAUAACAUUCCUGGGGUCGGAUAUUGCCCCGUGAGACAUUUUUAUGUGAGUGAACAAAUGGGCAAACAUAAACAUCUUAUCAGUGAACAAAUCCCCAAUGGUUUUGCCACUGCUCUUGUUUUAGUGUUAUUGUUUCAUUUUACUUCGUCUGCAAACUUUGUGAACUCCUUCCGUGUUUCAUUCUUCCAAAGAACUGGAGUGGUGCUAUUUUCACAAAUGAACGGAUUUUAAUGGUGAAGUGUUGUAACUGUACUGCCAGAGGUGAGUGGCCAGACUUUUUAAUAACUAAUAAGUCACCUACUUUAGUAGUUUCACGGACGAAUACAGCCCUGCUGGUUAGUAUGUGUGUGAGGUGUACCCACCACAGUAGCGUACAAUCGCUUUCCCAUACGCUUUCAAGUCGACUGAGCCCCGCGUCUCGUCUGCGGUUGAAAGUGACGACGGGAUUUUAGCUCUCAAAAUGAAAUAAGACCUUAGGGUGGAGAACAACGGCAUCAGGUAGAAAAUCGACAGACCCUUACUACUUAGAUCUAGUUCCUCGAGCAAGAAAGUUCUUUAGCACGCUAUAACGCACACUCUAGACAUUACUAUUAGCAAGGGGACAUCUAGACUCCACCAGCAGGAUACAAGAAACUAUUAAGUUUUGUCUGAGAACUCAAAAAACAGCAGAUAUGCAGCGACGUGGGUGUCCUAUCGAAUCGGACCAUAUGUACGACCGCACCAGCAAACCCAACGCUGACGAUUUGUUGUAUGGCUUCGGGAACCAGACAACGUCCCUCACAGACCCCAUGCUGUGCGGGAACAUCGAGGAUGAUUUUAACAGAUUUCUCGUCUCCACAACCGAGUCCAACAGCCCGAUGCCUGCACUGGCCUUGACCCAAAGUUCUUCUCACUUUACCCUCCCUGUUGACAGUUUGCUGAACCCCGAGCCAGGAACUUUUUCAUCUGAUCUGGCGAUGUGGGGCAAUCAUGAACGAAAGAGGGUUAAGUCUAUCAAGGAGGAGGACGAUGAUACGGAUGUGUUCUCGUCUUCUGCGAGUAAUGUCGAUAUAGAUCUGGAUCUAGAGGAUUUUGACUCCAAGAGCACCUGCUCUCCUGUGAUGGACAUCAAGCGUGAGCUGGGGGAAGACAUGGAACUGGAUGACAAUGUCUCGAGUUUGGGUUCGCCGGGAAGCCAGAAUGGUGAGCAGAUAAAUCGCCUGGGCCUCAGCGUUACUGAAGCAAGGGAUUACGUCGAGAUGAAGUACAUGAAGGCAUCGGGAUUGCCCCGAAGUGAAUGGUGUCAUCAAGACAAAAUCAAACACAUUCUAAAUCUGAGCGACUGUUCCGAUUACACCGUUGAACAUGUUCUCAGUUUUGACAGAAAAUGUAAAGAGACAGCCCAUGCAUGUGCGAAGAUUGUACAGAAUAUACAAAUACAAUAUAGAUGGGACUGUGUUGAGCCGGAAGACAUUCCUUGUUGUUAUACAAUAGUAUCAGACUGCAAGAAAACAGGGGGAAGGACGAAACCGCCCCGUCCAAUGAAUGCUUUUAUGAUAUGGUCUCAGGGAGCCCGCAGGAUGAUCAACGAGCUGUGCCCCCGCAUGCAGAAUGCCGACAUCAGUGCAGCUUUGGGAGAAGCCUGGCGACUGAAACCCGACGUGCUCAAGCGUCAUUUUGAGGAGGAAAAGGUCAAACUAAAAAGAUUCCAUAAUGCAGAGUUCCCGAGUUACAAGUACAAACCCCUCACAAAAGUCCAGAAAGCUAAAGAAAAACAAGCGCAGUCGCUUUCUAAAGCGAAUGCGAGAAGCGCCAUUCAGAAAGGGAAGAAAAGAGCAGCAAAAAGUCCAGCUCCCUCUGAGAAUAUACAAGACGGGGCGCCAACGCCCAAGAGACCAAAAGGAGGACGCCCCAAGAAAUCCAGCGUCGACCAACAGCCUAAACGACGUACAAAGGAGCUCCCCUCUUACACCUCAACCGUAGGCACAUCUCCGACAAAGCCUGCAAUCAAAGACAAAUUGACUUUAAAAAUCUUAGACCGGCGCUCCAAGGGCGUGAGUCCGCCACCUCCUUUGCAGGGUGUUAUUCACGGCGCUUUUGGACAGCCCAGCCCCCCAGAGGUCACCAGUCCAGAACUAUUAAGGAUCUUCAAGGAGGAGCCUAUCGAGACGGUCGCCAUGGAUCAACGAUCUGUCUGUUUGCAGAGCCAGGUGGUCAGGAGUCCCGUGCGCUCCUCUGUGUAUCUCACACCGGUGAGCUCUCCCGCCUCGGGGACCGAGGAGCAGAGACUGAGCCCCCCAAACGUCGAUGCGUGCUCGUCGCCACUGCGAAACCUAAACAAGCUGCCGCGCCAGCUAUCGUCAUCACCACCAUUAUCAGCGUCAUCACCAUCAUCUUCAUCGACAUGUUCUCCUCAACCGACCGCCGUCCCCCAAUUUAUUUCGAGGCCCAACAACCCCAGCCCCUCCUCUCUUGCCCAUAGCAUGACAUCCACCACCGCCCGAAUGCCAUACAUAUCUGCAAUGCUGGCGGCACCGGCGAAAACGCUUUCGCAGUCUCUUCCCUCAACAGACAUUAAGCCUACAUUGCCCGUGGUCAUGAGCUCUCCCAGUGUGACAACGAGGACUCUGCCCGCUGAGGUCUACGCCCCUGUAACCCAGGCCUACCCGAGCUUUGGAUCACCCUUCCUUGCCAACAAUGCCAGCUCCUCCCCAAACCUGAACAGCACAAGCGACUUCGCUGGCUUUGAUGACGGCCCAAUACAUGUUGAGACCCGCGUUGAAGGCGUAGAUGGUCCCAUUUCAGUUAUCCUUCAACCCAUCCGUAACGUCCCCAGUGACCCCGUAGGCGGGUUUACACCACCUGCUGGUUACCUUUCACCGUACGGCAUUGGCAACAGUCACGAAAUCGCUGCCAGAAAUGGCAACGAGGUAGCAGUCGGUAACGUCAACGAAAACACUACCAGCAAAAGCAGCGUAGACUCUUUUCUUGAGAACGUGGCAGACCCGAGUUUCAACCUAAGUCUUGAGGCCAUUUUAGCUUGUGUCAAUGAGCAAAACUCCAGUGGAACGUCGUUCCUUUCAACGUCAGUGGAGCCGGACAUGGGUACAAGCAUAGAUGACAUUGACAUUUCUCCUACUGAGCCCUUUUUCCCGGAUGAAUGCUGGACCAGGAUAGUUAAACAGAUGGAAGGGGAACAAGAUUGAGGCAGGUGCCCAAACUGUGUUACUUUGAGUGUGUGUAUGUGUGUGUGUGUGUGUGUGUGUGUGUGUGUGUGUGUGUGUGUGUGUGAAUGAACGCACAUAAACCCACCGCGCCUCAGGUCCUCGUUCCCGAGCGGUGCUGAUCGGCUGGGAUUCAUAGACUUGAUGGAAUUCUAUUCAGCAAUUCUUCGUUGGAGCCUGUAAAAUGUUUCGGACUUUCAGCAAUUAAUUCUUGGUGCCUGCAAUGUACAUUCGGAGCAGCGACAGUAUCACGUUGAUUCAAAGACUUGCCACCAACUUUCUUUUCAUGGCUCAGAGUAGAUAACUGUCUCGCUGUCUGAUUCUCAUUCUUUCAUCAUUUUUGUUUAAUCGACAAUGCCUUUAUGACUCACAUCCCAAUGUCAUGCUGUGAAAAACACUCUCUGGGAUUUAAAACAAAACAAAACAAACAUCCUUGGCAGCCCUGUGAUUAUUUGUUGUGAGACAAUUUUAUUUCUGAGAAAGUCGUCAUAUCGUCGGAGAACAAUUAAUUAAGCAACUGUAUCAUUGAAGAAAGUUUUGUGUUCUCUAUAACAUUACUGCUGUAUAUAUAUUUUAUGGCAAUAUCAAGGACACUUGCAAAACCUCUUUAUAUGAAUAAGUGAAGAAACAUUCAGUCCUCCCUGUUUCGAUUGGCGGAUAAUAUGUUCAUGAUGUGUUAUAUAGACAAGUAUCCUUACGCUCACUGCUUCAUCAUUCAAAGACUCUAGUAAAACUACCUCGCUCUGUUUGGACUUCUCACAGCAUAAUUCUAUGGUAUGUUGGCAUUCUGUUGUACAUACAGCUUGAUGGCAUCUUAUCUUCUCAUUCAUCGUUUGUUGGUGCCAACUACUGUGUCCGGAGGUAGCGGACGUCGUUAUACUCGCAAGUGAGUGCAUAAUUGGUCAUCUAUAAUACGUAUGUCGUAUGUUAGCCACAGUUAGAUUUGGUCAGCUUUGUUUACCCCAGUGCUUGGUCAUGAACCCCCUCCCCUCCACCUCCACCCCACCCCCUUUCCACAUCCCUCCAGCCAAUGUAUUAUUCAUCCAUUCACCAACCACUCCCCUCCCAUUUUGACUUUUCUACUGGCAUGUAUAAUACGCAGUG